AUGCUACACAGCCAUCGGGGUGAUUGGAUCAUUGAAGCAGGGCACGAUGAUCCUUACGACCACUUUUUCAGGGUAAAACUCCUGUUCGUGCAAAGGGCACUGGUGCUGACAUACAUACUUGUAGUUUUCCCAGCCAUUUCUUCCAGCAUCAUCCGAUCACCCUCAGCCCUCCCACUCACCACCGGCUUGUCGCUGCUGGAACAUCAUUUCUCGACACCGACCACCAGCAGACGAGUCCCCGCAAGAACAUCCAAAGCGCGCCCGCAACCAGCAAACUCACAACGAACGCCAGAAGUGAAGGCCCAAGCAGGAGACGAAUCCGAUGAAAGUGAGCAGAAUGUCGGCCUACCCGAUUGUCCUGCGAACACUACGCUCACCACGAGUAAGGGUAAAGUCGAGCAACGAGAAGACCCUCCUCUUACCAUCAAGCUUACCGGCAAAGAAAAUCGCAACUAUAGGAAACGAUUAAUGCGCGCUUGAGGGAAGGAUCUCGUUUCCGCACAAAUGACACCGGUGAUGAAACCCGAGGUCGUUGACGUCUACUCCGUGCGCGGGUUUCAGGUGAGUUUUUAGUUUCAUUUUGUUGGCACGUGGAAAAACAACCUUCGAGUGUUGGUGGGAUCGAAAACGUUAUCUCGAAAACUGACGUAGAACAAUAGAGAAUGAUGUAGACCCUGUUGGGGAGAUCAAACUUGAGCUUGAAGCUUGACAUCUAGAAGCUGUCCGUCGUUGUUGGGUCAAAGCCCUUGGAUCCAAACAACGUUUCUGAAGGUUAGGCGUCACUUGCAUUGUAGCCGACCAUGGUUAGGUUGCCGCGGAAGAAACCAUGUAAACAGAGGAAU